AUGAAGUCCACUCCUGGUCUCACUGCUAUCUUCUCAGAUGAUGAGCCCAACUUUCUCAUCACCAAUGGACCCUGGGCACUGGUGAGGAAUCCUUGCUAUUCGGCAUACCUAGCAUCCUUGGUGGCAGGCUUCAUUGUGACUAGCUCCUCGAAUCAUCCCGAUCACGGACACGCUUACUUGGUAUCGCAUGCCGGUGGUAUUGCUUUUGCAGGGCUGGUGGUGGCAUUCAGUAUCUUCUACCAGGCUAUUCGGGAUGAAGAGGCAAAGUUCAGCUCAAGCAAGCUGAGAACGAAGCACGAAGAGUACAAGCGGAAAGUAUGGAUGUUGGUUCCGUUGAGUGAUGUCAUGGGACGAUGA